AAUUUUAAAAUGAACCCCAAAAUUCUUCCUCGACAAGUUUCACAUUUCAUGGAUAACAGUGGUGCGAUAAAAUACGUUGUGUUAUGGAGUGAUGUGCAUUCAGGCCGUUAUCCUGAUGUGCCUCCUAUUUGGGAGAAAAGAGCCAUUCCCGUGCGAUUUCUGCAGGGGACCCCAGAGCUACUCGAGGAGUCGCAGAUGGAUUUCCUCAUAGAACGAGUGGAACAUUUCAUGCGUGAGCUUGAUAUUCCUGGAUUGUCAAUUGCCAUUGCCAAACGAGAACAACUGAAGUUUGCAGCAGGAUCCAUAUCAAAACCCGUAACAGCGGCAGCCAUAAUGCUUUUGAUUGACCAGGGUAAAAUUUCCCUAGACGACAAAGUUUUUGGUCCAAACUCGAUAUUUGGUCACAAAUUCUCGAAGCGAAAAACCUACAAAAAAUAUGUCACAGACGUUACGAUAAGAAAUUUACUUGAGCACUCGUCAGGUGGAUGGGACAAUCUACAGUCUGAUCCAGCUUGGAUACAGCAGCAGCUAAAUACGGAGAAGUUAAUCGAAUAUGUAAUAGAGAACGUUCCCCUGGAAUAUCCUCCGGGAACUCGAUGGAUUUAUUCAAAUUUCGGAUAUCAAGUCCUAGGUCUUUUGAUUUUUUUUUCUGUAGGAGUUGUUAGGACUAACAUACGAAUCAGCUUAAUUUCUUAG